AUGGCGAUGCAGCUUGAUCUUUCUCAAGCUUCUGUAAUGAAAGAUGAGCAGGGUCGUCCCUUCAUCAUUGUUCGAGAUCAGGGAAAGAAGAAGAGACAACACGGAACGGAAGCUGUGAAAUCACACAUUGUGGCCGCUAAGACUGUCGCCAGCAUCGUGAAGACUUCUUUGGGUCCCCGUGGUCUCGAUAAAAUCCUCAUUUCCCCCGACGGCGAUAUCACUGUCACCAACGAUGGCGCGACUAUUCUCGGACAGAUGGAGAUUACGAACAACGUGGCCAAACUUCUCGUCGAGCUCUCAAAAUCCCAAGAUGAAGAAAUCGGUGAUGGAACAACCGGUGUUGUCGUUCUAGCUGCGGCCAUGCUCGAACAGGCGUCGGAACUCAUCGACAAGGGCAUCCAUCCUAUUAGAAUUGCGGACGGUUACGACGCAGCCUGCGAAAUCGCUGUAGCGCAGCUCGACAAGAUCAGUGACGAAAUCAAAUUCACAAAGGACAAUACUGAGAAUCUGCUGAAGGUUGCAAAGACUAGCUUGGGAAGCAAGAUUGUUUCCAAGUCACACGACCAGUUUGCUCAGAUAGCCGUCGAUGCUGUACUCUCGGUUGCGGACCUUGAACGAAAGGAUGUCGAUUUCGAAUUGAUCAAGGUGGACGGAAAGGUCGGAGGAGCGCUCGAGGAUUCGCUCCUCGUCAAGGGUGUUAUUGUCGAUAAGGAUUUCUCUCAUCCCCAGAUGCCCGACGAGGUCACGGACGCGAAGCUGGCCAUCCUGACCUGUCCGUUCGAGCCCCCAAAGCCCAAGACAAAGCACAAGCUCGACAUCACUUCGGUCGAGGAAUUCAAGCGCCUGCAAGACUACGAGAAGGAGAAGUUCACAGAGAUGAUCCAGCAUCUCAAAGAUUCUGGAGCCAACCUGGUGAUUUGCCAGUGGGGUUUCGAUGACGAGGCCAACCAUCUCCUACUACAGAACAAGCUUCCUGCGGUUCGCUGGGUCGGUGGACCCGAAAUCGAAUUGAUUGCCAUCGCAACCAACGGUCGUAUCGUUCCUCGAUUCGAGGAUCUCAGCGCUGACAAACUCGGAACUGCUGGUCGGGUGCGCGAGAUGACCUUCGGUACCACGCGAGAGAAGAUGCUUGUCAUUGAAGAGUGCGCCAACAGCCGCGCUGUGACUAUCUUUGUGCGAGGUAGCAACAAGAUGAUCAUUGAUGAGGCCAAGCGCUCACUGCACGAUGCCAUUUGCGUUGUCCGUAACCUGGUUCGCGAUAACCGUGUCGUGUACGGUGGAGGAGCUGCGGAGAUUGCCUGCUCUAUUGCUGUAGAGGACGCUGCUGUCAAGAGUCCCGGAAUCGAGCAAUAUGCCAUGCGCGCAUUCGCCGAUGCAUUGGAUGCAGUGCCACUGGCACUUUCCGAGAACUCAGGCUUGAGCCCGAUUGAGACACUGGCUGCCAUAAAGUCGCGUCAAGUGAAGGAGAACAACUCUCGACUGGGCGUCGACUGUAUGCUGACUGGCAAUAACGAUAUGAGAGAGCACUUUGUCAUCGAUCCAUUGAUUGGAAAGCGCCAACAAUUGCUGCUGGCAACUCAGCUCUGCCGUAUGGUGCUCAAGAUUAACAACGUCAUCAUCUCCGGCGAUGACCAGCAAGAGUUCUAA